GCUGUCAAAAAUUUCUCCAACCAUAUUUUCUGGUGGCUGGCUGCACGAAUAUUAAAUUUCUCAAGAAAAAAAAGACCACACGAAAACCGAGAAAAUCGAAAACCAUGGCCUUUGCCGGUUGUGGCAAUGAUUCCACUGCUUCUGCCGGGAGUUUUACAAAAUGGCUCAACAAUAAACUACGAGAAUUAAACACCGACGAAAGUGUAUUUGGAUCUUAUAUCACUGGAAUACUUGAAGACGAUGAAACCGUGGAAGAAAAAAAAGAUGCCCUCGAGGGUAUCCUUGGUGAGAUUAUUGACAACAACAUUCAAAAUCUCAUCGAAGAAAUCCUCAACAAAUGGAAUGAAUGUCAUCCAAAAGAAAACGACGACUCAUCCCAACCCAAAUUGAAAGUCGACGUUGAUGUCCAACUCGCUAAAAUGCUCGAAUCACAAAAACUACAAACCACCGUGCAACGCCAGUACACAGCCGAUGAAUUAAGAAUCCGAGAACAGAUUCUAGCUCAAUAUAGUCAGACUGAAGUUAGCGAGGAAGAAGACGCCGAUGAACCAGACGAGAAAUCCAGCGCUGGACUCCAAAAGAACACCAACGUCCACGAUGUGAUACAAUUGCAGAAAGAACGCCGUGAACAGGCUCGUUUGGAUAGUCAGAAGAAAAAGGAAAAGGACAAGGAAGAUCGUGAGAAACAAAAGCAAAUGCGAGAAGAAAAGAAGGAAAAACGCAAAACCGUCAAAGGAGAACGUCGUCGGUAGCGAGGCAUUGACAAAGAUAAAAAUCUUAUUGAAAAUCCUUAACUUCCUGUCUAAAAAUAAAAACAAUAUCCAUCUUGAAAAAUCUCUCUCCCGCCAAUGUAGUUUACCUCCUUCCUCCUUUAUCUCACCCUCAACCCCGUCACUCAAGCAACAAAGAUGUAGAAUUCGGGUUUUUUUCUGUUUUUGAAUUUAUAAAAUCACAACAUUUUCGACCAAAAGAAAGCUCCUAGAAAUGAAUUUUUUGAAAUCAAAAAUGUUUUUUUUUUUUAAUUUUGAAAUUUGUAUUGAUUCCAAUAUUUUAAAAUGCACCACUUUACUUAUACGUUUUGUUGAAGUUUUCAAAUAUUUUUCUUUUCAAUUCUUGUUUUUGGUUUUGUGAAAACAAAAGAAAGAUUUUGUUUUUGGAGCAAAAUAAAAAUUUGUGUAAUUUUCUUUGAUGUUGUUAACGUA